AUGGGAGCGCGGGCUUUGGCCUCAUCAGAGCAGCAGCGUAUCAUGGAUGCCAAUUCGGCCGCGGCCCAGCAGCUUCAGCAGGCCAGGGACAACCGUAUGAGGAGUCUCAGCCUGUCGCUGCCAUGGCGCCGUCCCAAGUCGACGACGCUCUCCCACGCCGCCGCAGACAUGCCGGAGCUUCCCCAACAACUACUCUACGACGUGGCCGUUGAGGAUGACGACCCGCUGGCCGCUAAUGAGCCAUCACGCUCCCACCUACGUCGCCUCAGCCACGGCCAGUCCCCGCACAGCUACCAGCAGCACCAGCAGCACCAGCAGCACCAGCAUCACCCCGGCAGUGGCUUCAAGGGCAUCUUUCGUAGAGCUUCAGUGUCCAUUCGGGGCAUCGUCCACCGCCGUCCGUCCUUGGCCGCCCCCAACGACACCCUGGGCGACAGCGACGCCGACGUUGCCCGUCCGAUCACCGGCCGCCCCUUGACCUCCUACCCGGCAUGGAACCGCUCCCGCUCGUCUUCGAACCGCCACGCCGUCCGUCCCUCACGGUCCUUCUACGGCCUCAAUACGACGCACGAGCCCACCGCCAUGCCGCCGCUCCCCCAGCAGCCCCAGCCCCAGCCCCAGCCCCAGUCCCAGCCCCAGGACGUCUCGCCGCUCUACUCCCCACGACCGGGCGUUGACGGUGAACCUCCGGUCAUCCCCUACAACACUGGCGCCGCCGCUAAGGCGUCGGCGGCCAUACAGAACGAGUACCUUGCCCGGCAGGGCCUGCAGAACCGCCGGCUCCAGCAUCCGAGCGCCGCCAACAACGGCCUCGGUCUCGACAACAACGAUGACGAGAGCGGUGUCGGCAUCGCCGUCAGCGUCCCCGAGGCGGCCAAGGAGGACGCCCAGAUUAGCAGGCUGGAUUUCAUCACCAAGCUGCCGACGGAGCUGGCCAUCCACAUCCUCGGCAACCUCGACGCCGCCGCCCUGGCGAAGGCUAGUCUCGUGUCCCGUGACUGGGGCGGCGUGGUGAGCAGCCAGCACGUCUGGAGGGAGUCGUGCUUGCGCGAGACGACGCGCACGUACGCCAUGAGCGGUCCAAUCAGACCCAAUGUCGGUCUCGGCCUGCCCAGGAGCUCCCCCACAAGCGACUGGAGGCACAUCUACCGCAUCACCAAGGAGCUGCAGCAGAGGUGGAGGAAGGGGACCGCCAGGCCAACGUACCUGAAUGGACACACGGACAGCAUCUACUGCCUGCAGUUUGAUGAGCACAAGAUCAUCACCGGAUCAAGAGACAGGACGAUUCGCGUGUGGGACAUGCACACCCUGCAGUGCCGCCUGGUGAUCGGACCGGCAGGUAUCGUGCAGGGCUCGGACAUGGUGCGGGACCGCAACGGCGACUCGGUGCAUUACGCCUCGGACUCGGACGGACGCAAGACGGCAACGUCGGUGCCCACGGCGCUCUCGUUUGACGAGCACCAUGACGCGUCGAUCCUGUGCCUCCAGUAUGACGAUACGAUGCUGGCGACGGGAUCGUCGGACUCGACAUGCAUCCUGUACGACAUGCGGGACGGGUACAAGCCGGUGCGACGGCUCCGGCAUCACACGGCAGCGAUCCUGGACCUCGCGUUCGACGACAAGCACAUUGUGACGUGCAGCAAGGACGUCAGCAUCUGCGUGUGGGACCGGGCCACGGGUCAGCUCCUGCGGCAGCUGCGGGGUCACACGGGCCCGGUCAACGCGGUGCAGAUGCGGGGCAACACGAUCGUGUCGUGCUCGGGCGACUUCAAGGUGAAGCUGUGGAACAUUGACACGGGCAAGAACAUACGCGAGUUCGUGGGCCACACGAAGGGGCUGGCGUGCUCGCAGUUCAGCGAGGACGGGCGGUACGUGGCGUCGGCGGGCAACGACAAGAUGAUACGGGUCUGGGACGCCAACACGGGCGAGCUCCUGUGGGAGAAGAAGGCGCACGACAACCUGGUGCGGAGCCUGCACAUCGACAGCGUGAGCGGCCGGCUCGUCAGCGGAUCGUACGACACGGACAUCAAGGUGUGGGACAUGGAGACGGGGGACCAGCUGCUCGAGUUCCCGCAGUGGCACGCCAGCUGGGUCCUCAGCGCGAAGAGCGACUACAGGCGCAUCGUCAGCACGGGGCAGGAUCCAAAGAUUCUCAUCAUGGACUUUGGCGCGGAUAUUGACGGGGUGGAGAUGCUCGAGAGUCGAGAUACGAAUGCCAUGGGUGGUGGGUUCAUCUAG